CGAGGGGGCGGGGCUGGCUGCCGGGGCGACCGUUGGGCCGGGGGCCGAGCCGGUGUCCGCGCCGACUGCGCGACCCCGCCCCGCCCCGCCGCGGCGGGACGAUGAGCGAGCGUCUCCCCGGGGAGCAGCAGGCGGCGCCACCCGCACCAGUUAUAAAGCAGCUAAAUGGAGUCUGAGCAGCUGUUUCAUAGAGGCUACUAUCGGAACAGUUACAACAGUAUAACUAGUGCAAGCAGCGAUGAAGAGCUUUUAGAUGGGGCAGGUGUCAUAAUGGACUUCCAGACUUCUGAAGAUGACAAUCUCUUGGAUGGUGAUGCAUCGAUUGGAACCCAUUAUACAAUGACAAAUGGAGGAAGUAUCAACAGUUCAACACAUUUAUUGGACCUUCUGGAUGAACCAAUUCCUGGAGUAGGAACGUAUGAUGAUUUCCAUACCAUUGACUGGGUUCGAGAGAAGUGCAAAGACAGAGAAAGGCAUAGACGGAUUAACAGCAAGAAGAAAGAAUCAGCAUGGGAGAUGACAAAGAGUUUGUAUGAUGCAUGGUCAGGAUGGCUCGUAGUCACUCUAACUGGUUUGGCAUCAGGGGCAUUGGCAGGAUUAAUAGACAUAGCUGCUGAUUGGAUGACUGACUUAAAGGAAGGCAUUUGCCUUAGUGCUUUGUGGUUUAACCAUGAACAGUGUUGUUGGGGUUCAAAUGAGACAACGUUUGAAGAGAGAGACAAAUGUCCACAGUGGAAGACAUGGGCAGAACUAAUAAUUGGUCAAGCAGAAGGUCCAGGUUCAUACAUAAUGAACUACAUAAUGUACAUUUUUUGGGCUUUGAGCUUUGCUUUCUUAGCAGUUUCUCUGGUGAAGGUGUUUGCUCCCUAUGCCUGUGGCUCCGGAAUACCUGAGAUAAAAACUAUUUUGAGUGGCUUCAUCAUCAGAGGUUACUUGGGGAAGUGGACUUUGAUGAUAAAAACCAUCACGUUAGUUCUGGCUGUAGCAUCAGGUUUGAGUUUAGGAAAAGAGGGUCCGUUGGUGCAUGUUGCCUGUUGCUGUGGGAAUAUUUUUUCCUACCUCUUUCCAAAGUACAGUACAAAUGAAGCUAAAAAAAGAGAGGUGUUGUCAGCUGCCUCAGCAGCAGGAGUGUCUGUGGCCUUUGGUGCCCCAAUUGGUGGAGUGCUUUUCAGUCUGGAGGAGGUCAGUUACUAUUUCCCAUUGAAAACUUUAUGGAGGUCAUUUUUUGCUGCUUUAGUAGCUGCAUUUGUUUUGAGGUCCAUCAAUCCUUUUGGUAAUAGCCGUCUAGUGCUUUUUUAUGUGGAAUACCACACUCCUUGGUACCUUUUUGAACUGCUUCCUUUUAUUCUACUGGGAGUAUUUGGUGGGCUCUGGGGAGCGUUUUUCAUCCGAGCAAACAUUGCAUGGUGUCGUCGGCGCAAAUCUACAAAAUUCGGGAAGUAUCCUGUCCUGGAGGUUAUUAUUGUUGCAGCAAUAACAGCUGUCAUUGCAUUUCCUAAUCCAUAUACAAGGCUAAACACCAGUGAGCUUAUUAAAGAGCUCUUCACAGACUGUGGGCCGUUAGAAUCUUCCUCCCUCUGUGACUACAGAAAUGAUAUGAAUGCAAGCAAAAUAGUAGAUGAUAUCCCUGACCGUCCAGCAGGCACUGGAGUAUAUUCAGCUAUAUGGCAGCUGUGUUUAGCACUCAUAUUUAAAAUAAUUAUGACAGUCUUCACCUUUGGUAUCAAGGUUCCAUCUGGGUUGUUCAUACCUAGUAUGGCAAUUGGAGCAAUAGCAGGAAGGAUUGUAGGGAUUGCAGUGGAGCAGCUGGCCUAUUACCAUCACGACUGGUUCAUUUUCAAGGAGUGGUGUGAAGUUGGAGCUGAUUGCAUUACACCUGGUCUUUAUGCCAUGGUUGGUGCUGCUGCAUGCUUAGGUGGUGUGACAAGGAUGACUGUGUCCCUGGUAGUUAUUGUUUUUGAACUAACGGGAGGGCUAGAAUAUAUCGUGCCCCUAAUGGCUGCAGUCAUGACCAGUAAGUGGGUAGGAGAUGCCUUUGGUAGGGAAGGCAUCUAUGAGGCACACAUCCGACUCAAUGGAUAUCCUUUCUUGGAUGCAAAGGAAGAAUUUACUCACACAACCCUGGCUGCUGAUGUUAUGAGACCUCGAAGAAGUGAUCCACCUUUGGCAGUUCUGACACAGGAUAAUAUGACAGUUGAAGAUAUAGAAAACUUGAUAAAUGAAACCAGCUAUAAUGGUUUUCCUGUUAUUAUGUCAAAAGAAUCACAGAGACUAGUGGGCUUUGCUCUAAGAAGAGAUUUAACUAUUGCAAUAGAAAGCGCUAGAAAGAAGCAGGAAGGCAUUGUUGGCAGUUCCAGGGUCUGUUUCGCCCAGCAUACCCCGUCACUUCCAGCAGAGAGCCCUCGGCCUUUGAAGCUUAGAAGCAUACUUGAUAUGAGCCCCUUCACAGUGACAGACCACACACCAAUGGAAAUAGUGGUGGAUAUUUUCCGGAAACUGGGUCUGAGGCAGUGCCUUGUAACACACAACGGGAUUGUCUUGGGGAUCAUCACAAAGAAGAACAUAUUAGAGCAUCUCGAGCAACUAAAGCAGCACGUCGAACCCUUGGCGCCUCCUUGGCAUUAUAACAAAAAAAGAUAUCCUCCGUCAUAUGGCCCAGACGGCAAACCAAGACCCCGCCUCAAUAAUGUUCAACUGAAACCCAUAGCUGAGGAGAGAGAGGAAACUGAAGAGGAGGUUCAUUUGUUGAAUAGCACAACACUUUAGUCUGGGGAAUACUUCUAAAAUCAGAAAAUGAGAGCUGGGUUUUUGCAUAACAGUGCUGCUGGAAAUCAGGAGUCGGUCUGGGGGAAUACGUGGCGAAGAGGAAGGCUGAUGGGAGCAUAGGAAGGGGAGAGCUGCUGUCCUGCACUGGAUGCGUUCCCGUGACGUCAGGUCUGCCAUGAUAGUGCAGCGAGGAGCCCCGCGAAGAGGCACAAUUCUCCAGCCCCAGCCUGGUACUUCAGCAUUGAAGAGAUGUGUUACUAGUCCCUGUUUCUGGAGGGAUCAUUCUGAAUUGAGCCAUCCUAUGGAGACUGAAAGGUCUUACCCUUUUUACCAUUGAAAACUGUUGUGUUAACUCAUGAAAUGUAUGGUUAUUACAUGUCACCUUUCUACAUUCCAGAAGAGCUUUAUUUCUCUCUCUCCUGAGCCGUAACAAAGCAUCUUUAAAAUUGGUGUGCCCUUUUGAAGCAGUAGUUUCUCAUAUUGAGAUGUACUGUGAGUUACUGAGAUUUGAUCACAAAAAGGGAGGUUUUCCUUGUGCCAUUAAACAUGUAGUCUGUACGUCAUGAAAUGUUUGGGGCAGUACAGAUCCACGGCGACAAAAAACAGAUUGAACAGGUAAUACUUUGCAAGAACCACGUGAGACAUCUUCCAGCCCAUGUGCUGUGAUAAGAGGGGGGAAAAAAAAAAAAGAGUGAAACUGGAGUUUCAGAAAAAAAUACUGUUUUUGCUGCAGAAAAUAUCGAUAAUGUGACCUGGUCUUAUGCAAUUUUUGUAUUAUUGAAAACACUAUGAUAUAUACCAAUGUUGUGCAGUAUAAGGAAAAAAUACUGCUACACUAAUAGUUAAGAACUGGAACAAUUCUGUAUACGUGUAACUGGUUUAAAAAAAAAAAAAAAAAAGAUUGCAUGCUACAACACUGGAAAUAUCCCCCCCUUCCUUCCCCCUCAUAAAAUAUGAGAUCGGUCAUUUUUAUUUUUAUUUUUUCCUCCACAAAUGGUGUUUCACUGCUGACACAGUAGGAAGAAAUGUAACUUGCACUAAAUGUAUAUUAUUUUUCUUGAAGUUUUGCCAUUCUUUAUUUAUAUUUUUAUGGAUUAAAAAAAUCUAUUAAAUACAAAUCAGUUAAUAUCUCACAUAACUAAUUACCUUUUUAAUGUGAUUUUAUAGUAUAAUUCAUAAUCCUCUGCAAGUAAUAGAGGAUUGGGCAAAUGUUUACAACAAAAUGAAGGGUUUAAAGAAAUGAUUUCUUUGUGAUCCAACAUGCAUAUAAGAUCAUUUUCAAACCUAACUUUCACUGCCGUUACCUUGAGAUUUACUUUUUUUUUCUUUAUUAGAGGAUAACUGGAACAGUAAUACAAAAAAAAUACUAUUUAAAAAAACUGCAGGGCUUUAAAAAAAUAAUAGAAAAGGAGUAACUGUGACUUUCAUUUUUCCCCCCCAAGUAUAUAGAGGAGUAAAAGGUAUGGAGCCACAAAAGAUGGUCAGGAAGGCAGAAUGGAAUCCAUUACUUGAAACUUUGCCUGGACUUUAAAAUCCAGUAACAAUGCAUGCUUCAGCAGGUUAGCUGACAGAUCCCUAACAUCUCUACUCUUUCAGUCACCAGAUUGAUUUGUUUCAUGUUCACUGAAGGGGGGAAAAAAACAAAAAACAAAAACACUACCACUAACCAGCCAUGCAGAGAAAAAGGUAAUAUGCCAUAAUAUAAAACUAAAAUAGGGAGGAAAAAAUUAAGAAAUACAGCUAAGAAAAUCACACUUGAUAAUUUGGGUUUUGAUUAAAAUUUCUUUCUAUUGAUAAUUGUGCCCACAAGACUGCAAAAAUAUAAAUGAUGAACUUUUAUAUACAAUUACAGGCAUCUCUGAGGCGUUCAUUGCAAGGUACUCAGCAUGGUUUUAUCUUCAAGUAUGAUUAACAUGCACAAAUUACUGGGACUACUGUCAAGCUCCAAAAUACUGCCUGUGCUAUGCUAUUUUUUACCUACUGAAGUAUAAAAUGGCUAUUUGUUCUUUUUCAUCUCUUGCAGCAACUUGAAACAGUAGAAAUACUCCCCCAUAGUGCCCAGUGGGCCUGUUGUGAUCAGUCCCCAUUUUAAAAACUAGUUUGGAAUUGAAUCAAGCAGGGAAUCAAGCAAUGUUAAAACUGCAGUUUUGCAAAAACUAGUUUUAUUCUUCCAAGUGAAGUCAAUGCUAGUGGUUCAAAAUUUGUUCUGUUACACAGUGUAAGUUUGAGGAAACUUUUACAAAGAACAGCAUUUGGCCCACUUACAGAAGGCAGCUCUGGAAGUUGCCUGUAAUGCUGAUUUCCGUUGUCUGAAAUCUGUUUCUAUAGUGGGAUAAUAUGAAGGCGCUCCAUGUAUACAGAUUGCUUUAAAUCAGUUUGAUGCCUCUGCCAUUUCUGCUGUUCUCAUGAUAAAACACUGUUGUGUGUGUAUUGUAUGAAUUUACACCUGAUUCUGCAGACUGCUCUGUCUGAAUUAAAAUAUAAUGAACCCCCCUGUUGUGUUUUAAAAUUUCGGUAUAGAACCCAAGUGCUGCAUAUAUAUUGUGCAUCGCUGUUUACUGUUCUUAGCUGCUUUCCCUGUUGACAUUUAAAACAUCUUCUGGUAAACAUACAUUAGAAAUUCUGUUACUACUGUAUGUGUGCCUGUGCUGUUCAACAAAAGUUUUCUUUUCUAAUGUAAAACUUCCAGCGCCUUACUCAAGUUACUAAUUUGAAAAAAAUGUGGUGGAUGGGAGGGGGGAAGUGUCAGCAUUUUUUUUUAAACAGUUCAGUUACUGGUUCAUGAAGAAUGCAUAAUUUGUUAAUCUGUGAUAUUGCCUAGAGCUGUAUUUAAUAUUGAUCUUAAUGUUUUUAUUUAUGAUAGUGUGGUAGAGCUGCAUAUCAUUACAGUAAAAAUUCUAAUUACUGUGAUGAUUUAAUCAUAAACAUUAAAAAUUUCUGUAUGAUCA